GUAGUAGGAAUUUCUGGCCUUUCGGUUAACAUUCUGUUCUUCGGAAUGAUGGAUUUCCCUUUGAAGAUACGAGCGGAAGCGUUUAGGGAGAAAAGGUUGUUUUUAAGAGAAAUGAAUAGAAAUAACCUGUUUUGAGGAAGCCAUGGCAAAAUCAAAUACAAAACACAGACUUUGUUCUCGGGAAUCUUCAGUAUCUUCUCUGUUAGCAAGCUGCAGCCUGAAUGGUAGUAAUUCUUAUAACUCUGAAGGCUCUUUUCAGUAUAAGGAUAAACUGUACAGUUCUGCAUCUCAGGCUCUGCAGGCCUAUAUUGAUGAUUUUGAUCUAGGCCGGAUGUAUCCUAGUGCAAGCACUGGAAAGAUUAACAUCGAUAAAUGUUCUGCUAAUAUCCCAGAAUUCUCCAACUAUAUUUAUAAACCAAACAACGCUUUUGAAAAUCUUGAUCACAAGAAAAGCUCCUUGUUCUUAUCCUAUAGAAGACAGACUAUUAAUGACAUAGAUUCUGUUAGCCUAACAACUGAUGAUCUAUUAAAACUUCCAGCAGAUGGAUCAUUUUCUUUCACCUGUGUUGGACCACGUCACCGAAUUAGCAAGAAAAACAAGAAAUGCAUUCGGAGACUGAAUUUGCAGGACACUGAAAAGAAUCAAAAUUUUCAAGAACCCUUCACUCCCGUGGGGAAGGAUAACUUAGCUACUCCUAUUGUAUACACAAAUAUAAAUGGAAAGCAAUGUGGUAGACUAAAAAACCCAAAAUUUGUGAAUAAGACUAAUAAAUGCAUUUCUGAACCAUCUUUUUUCAAGAAAUCAUCUUUCAAGGACAAUUCAGAACAUAAUCUUGAAAAGAAUUACCCAAGAUGGCUCACUAGCCAGAAAUCUGACCUUAAUGUCUCAGGGAUAACGAGUAUACCUGAUUUCAAAUACCCAGUCUGGCUCCACAAUCAAGACUUGCUGCCUGAUACAAAUGGUCAAAGGAUUUAUAAAAUAUUUAAAGAAGAUCAGUGUUCCCCUAGACAUAGUUACCAGGCACAAAGAACUUCUCGGCUUGUGAAUAAAUUAGAUUGUUUUGAAUAUUCUUUUGAACCCUCAAACAUUUCAAAUUCUUUGUGUGAUGAUAAAGGAUUAGUUAAUGAAUAUAAAUCUGAUUUUGAACAUACCCAAUGUCAAUGUGAGAAUCCACUUCUCCCAGGACAAUCCAAAAAGCCAUUCAGUGGUGACAAAAUUGAAUUGCUAAUCCUGAAGGCCAAGAGAAAUAUAGAGCAUUGUGCAGAAGAAUUACCAAAGUCUGUGGAAAAGGAUGACAGUCCUAAUUCAUUAGAUAAACUUGAAGCAGAGAGAUCAUGGGAAAAUACUCCUGUUACUUUCAAACCCCCUGUUCCUGUUAACUCUGAUGAUAGUCCUCAACAAACUUCAAGGGCAAAGUGUGCUAAAGGGUACCUUGAAGACUUUUUAAAUAAUGAUAAUCAGAGCUGUACCCUUUCUGGAGGGAAGUAUCAUGGUCCUGUUGAAGCCCUGAAACAAAUGUUAUUUAAUCUUCAGGCAGUACAAGAAAGUUUUAAUCAGAAUAAAACCACAGAGCCAAGAGAAGAAAUUAAGCAAAUUUCAGAAGAGGAUCUCUCUCAAUUACAAUUGAAGGAAAGUAUGGUUCCUAUCAGUAGGUCACUUCAAAAGGCUUUGCACCAUUUGUCUCGACUGAGGGACCUGGUUGAUGAUACCAGUGGGAAACAGUCACCGAAAAUGUGAAGAGGAAAAUAAAACAGUCUAACCAAUAAAUAGUCACCACAGAACAAAAAUGUAUUUUUUUCUAUUGCUUAAACUGACAAAGUAAUUAUAAGCCAUACAUUGUACUGUGAUUGGUUCAAGUAUUAUGUAUUUUAAAAAACUAAACUGGAAAAUGUCCAUGGGUUUUGUGAACUAAUCUCAUUUUGUGCCAAAAUACCAGAAUGUGACACACUAUGCCCUAUAGUCUGACCUUGGUUUUCAGGUCAGCAAAUGUCUAAUAUUCAAAGAUGGAUAAUUUCUUCUCUUGAAGCUAACAUGGACUUACCUUCUUCAGCAUCCUCAUCAUUUUAUCAUCUGGUUCUGGGUCAUUAAGAAACUCUUGCUGGUUUCUAUUCAAAAUCUCUUAAAUAGACUUUUGAUACAGAUAGCAUCCACUUUUAAUGAGCUUAAAGGAAUACCAAAAUCAUUAUGGUGUAUCUUAUCCAUAUGGAAGUCUGUUACUUUUAAGUUUUCAUAAAUCAAAUAUUUAAGCUGUGUUGUAUUUGCAAAUAACAGUAAUUUUCUAGUGGGGUGAUGCUAAAAGGAAUGUUUUCAUGUUGUAAAAAUGCAAGAGAACCUAAUUUAAUGCUUUGAUUCUGUGUAAGAAAAUCUUGAUAAUAUUUGACAGUUUACAAAACAUUUUUGAGGAGGAUUCUUGAGAAUUUAAUUUUUUGAUAUUAGAUUAUUUCCCAGAUUUUAGUUUUGGGGUUACCUCAAAUUAGUGAAAACUGAGAUCAGUGGCCAAUUGCUUUAUGAAAUUUGAUAAAAAAAUUUAAAGAAAAUGAAUAUGGAAAAUCAGAAAGCAGCUCUCUGUAUUUUAAAGCUAUUUUGUAAGAACUGAACUUUCUUAAAAGCAAUCUGUUGUCUUUAAAGUUUUUCUCUAGUUGAAACUGAACAGAGCUCUAUAGUUUGCAAUUUCUACCAAGUGAACUAAUAAGCAGGCAGCAUCUUUACCCACAAAACUAAGAAUUAAGGCAUAGCAUUAUAAAUAAUGAAACAUAUUUCAAGAAGCCUGAUGGAAUUAAAGAAUAUCUAUGUACAGAUUAAAUGGAAUUAAGGAAUAUCUAUGUACCGAUACUACAGAUAUACAGAUACUACAGAUUAACACUUUACCCAAACAGUAGCAUCUUUCCUAAGUAGCUUUACUAUCAAAUAGGAAUUUCGAAGUACAUUGGGUCAAAGAAUUUUUUUCCCCCAAGUUUAAAGCACUAUAUAAGACCUUUGUUAUAGAACUGACAUGUCAAAGACUGUAGACUGAUCCCCAUCUUAUUUCUGGGCCAGUGAGUCAGUCACUGUACUGUUCUUUUUGCCCAGUUUGAGAGAGACUUGCCAAUAAAUUUGUUUUGUUUACUCUGGAGGUAUUUCUGCCACUGACAUGCUAUGUUCUGUUAUCUUCUUCACAGCAAAUAGCUUGCAUACAAUCAAACAAGGCAUUAUGUGGUGUUUAAAGUCUGGCUGGCUGUUAAAAAUGCAGAUUUUAAGUGGGUAAACAUCAGGUGGAUCUGGAUUGAUCGUGUUCCAGGCUUAGUGAAAUCCACUAUUGGGCAAAUUCUAAAGAAGGCAGAGAAGAUAGAGACAUCAGAUAAAUAAACUUCUAAUUACAUAUUAUAUGUUGGUCAGACGUAAUAUUUCUAGAUGCUCUAGAAAGCAUCUCCAAAGAGAUUGUGCUGUAAUGGCUGAAUAGCACUGAUUUGGUUAGUGCUUCCAUUUGCAAAAACAUCUCUUCAGUACUAAAUAAGAUAAAAGCCUUUUCUGAAAUUUUAUGUUAUAAAUAAUGUUUUAAGAAACUUAUUAUACUUACCAAAGGAAUAUUUUUCCUUUUAUGUUAAAUAUGGAAGUUUAGUAUUUUAUCCCAAAAGGAAAUUAACUUUAUCAAAAUGAUUAAUUCCAACAUUUUUAAAAAAGAAAUAUGUUGGCGAGUCAACUAAGAAAAAAACUAAAUGAUAAAUGUUUAAGAAGUUCUCUAAAGAAUUGAUUGAAUCAGUUACAUGUUAAGUAUUUCACUGUUUUUUAUCUUGAGGUUUCCAGGGGGAAAGAGAGAGACAAUGGUAUUGAGACUGCUGAGUUGGGAAUUUAAAAGCAGAUAAUGACAACAAUUAGAUUUAAAAAAUUACAUUGUGAAUAUAAAAUUUUGUCAACUCUUUUCUCUCUUUUUAGUAUAUUGAAAAAUGUUAAGUAGAAAAAAUGAGAACAUUUUAAUAAAACAUUUCAAAUUUUUAAUGGAAUAUGAAAAAAAUUUAACAAGCCUAAUCCCCAAAAUUAUUUGAGAUCAAGGGAUAAAGGUGUAAUGAAUAUAUGAAAACUCAAAGCUCAGCUGUAUUUUCCUUAUUAUCAGUAAGAACUCUACUUUCAGUUUUUCCUGUGAAAUUUAUUUCAGUUUCCUGAAGAUUUCUGACCAAAUUGAGGAACUCUGUCUUCUUGGGGUUUUUUGGGUUGUAUGUCCCUUUUGUUAUAUUAUUUCUUGUUGAAAUUUAUAAAUAUGGAUUUUUUUUGUAUUGUUUUGUAUUUAAUGUUUAGGGUAAUGUCUUGUUAAAUUAUGUGUAACUAUACCAAAAUGUUGCCUGAAGAUAAAUCACGACAAGAUUCCUUUUUCCCCCCGCUACGUUUUGAAUACGUGGAAUCGCUUACAGAUUUGCAAAUCGCUUACAGAUUUGCAUUUUGUUUCAUUUUUCCUGUCCCAUCUUUCACUAUGUCUCAAAACCUAUUUGGUGAAAAUGCCUGGAGAAGUGAACUUGCCAAAAGGCAAGUAGCGUGAAAAGAGACGAAAGAAGCAAAAGGCCAAUAAAAUUUAUAAUUUCUGAACAACUGAAGUUUCUUCAAAUGUGAAAGACUGUCUUUGUAUUUCAUGUAUUAAUUGAAUGUUUCCUAACACGGCUCUGUGUUGUCUUUGGUUGUACUGCCUGUCAUAUAGUGAUAGGGCAAACCUACGCCCAAACCUAAAUAUAUUGUAUAGCAGGUUAUAGUGUUAGAUAUUUUUCCUGAGAUAUUUGAAAUUAUUCCCUUCCCACUUGUCUUGCUUCCUUUCUUAUUUAUACUCGUCUGUAACUAAGAUCAUUUUCCUUUUUUGAACAAAAAUUUUAGGCUUAAGUAAUCUUAGCUCUUUACCCUCCCAGUUUAGUCUACGUUGUCCUUAGCCUAGACUAGACCAGUCUUUGUAACAACUUUUCUCACAAUGUAACAAGUGUAACAACUUCUCUCCAUCCUUCCUUACCUUAGCUGAGCCUAGUCCAUUUUCCUCCCCAUACCUGUUGCAACCUUAAACAUUUCUCCCCUCACUUUCAGCUCUUGCGCUGAGACAGGCUGAGUGGUCUUUGCAGAACACUGUUGUACACCAGUACUGUAACAUUACUGGUUUAUUUCAGCAAAUUUGCUGUAGCUAAAUUACUUUACUCAGAUUUCCCCACACUUUCUAUGUAUAUUCUCACUUUGUGCUUAGUAUUUACCAUGCUUGGAACACUCAAGUUUUCUUUCAUUCUGAUUAUCUAAAGUUUAUCUAAAGUUUAUCUUUUAAAGCUCUGACUGAAUCUUGUAUUUCCUUUUCCGGACAUUCUAACCUUCCAAAGCCAGGUAGGUUGGCUUUCCAUUCUCCUUCCCCCAUGGCUCAUUUAGCUAUUAUAUUUCUUGUUUUAUGCUUUGCAUAGUGCCUCUUAUACCACAUUGUAUCCCUAGGGGAGAAGAUGUCUCAGAACAUGUUAGAUGAUUGAUUUUGCUUUAUCUGCUUGAUCAUAGUGCCUCUUACAUUAUGUUGAAUAACCAGGAACAUAUAAACUUAAAGUGUUGAUUGAUGAUUCUAAGCCUGGUUCCCUGUGUAAGGUUGUAAGCUCAAAGAGGAGAGACCACAUCCUUUAUUUAUGUGAUGUUCUGUAAAUGCUUUUUAAAAUGGGGUAAAUUAAACCUAUUUUGGAAGAGUUA